AUGGCGAAUGCGCACGUGGGAUGCGCAAAGGAGGCAAUUGAAAAGAUUCUGUCAGAUGCACGCGUUCCAAGGGAUCCCGGUAUACGACCGAUCGAGCAGAACAUGUGGCCAUGUGUUCGCGAUUAUGUUCAAAUGGCUGACCCUCCUACACUCAUCCUUGCAAGCAGCACUGGUCUGUUGGCCUUGCAAUUUCACGCGCCGCACCCGUUCGACGGUGGAGAGCCCGCUGCCGCAAACUAUCAUUUCCACGCCAAGCGCAUGACAGUGAAAUCCCCUCCACCACCAAAGGGCCUCCACGUUCAUGAGUAUCGCAGCAUGAACUUGGUGUACGUCGAGGAUACUUGGUACGAGAUCGAUCGGACAGGAUCCCAUCCAGGCACCAGCGACCACUACCUGGUACAGCCCAAUGGACGUCCUGGCAUGAUGCCGGAGCAGGUCAAAGAGGUGAUGCGUCGCUACAUGCUCGACUACUUCGGCAAGCGAGACGUCGUGGCGAACUGGGAUCAAGAGCGGGAUCUGCGAGGUCAAUUGCCGAUCCAACUGGUGUAG